AUGAAUAUCACAUCGACUGAAUCCUGCCAAGCCAACCUUCAAGCAGCUAAGCUAUCAAUUUCCCUAACUCUCAUAAUUUCGGGAAUUGUUUUGAACGUUUCAGUAGUUGCUGCACUUCUUCGACGUAAAGUCGCAAGCCUGAGCGGGUUUCAACUACUGGUGGUUCAUUUGGCAUCUGCAGAUUUGAUGGUUUUUAUUACCGCUGCGCCUUUCUUGUCGAUGUCAGCGGAAUACCAACAACAUGCAUUUACCACAGCAGUUUGUAAAGGAACGGCUUUUUCCAACCGGUUUACUACAAUCUCUUCAAUCUUUAUCUUAACAGCGAUGUCAGGUUGCAGAUUUUACAGCAUCACAAAGCCUUUUAGCUAUCGUGUCCACGUCAAAUCAUCAACAAUCAAUGUCGCUUGCGGUUUUUUGUGGUUUUUGAGUCUGGUACUUUCGGUAACUCCUUUUCUGGGAUGGGGAGAAUAUGAACAGAUCAAAGGUCAGUGUUGGUGCGCUCUCAACCCUGCCAAGCAUAAGCUUAAUUAUACAACAGUGUUGGUCUUGGCCUUUUGCCUUCCCACGGCUCUUUGCUGCUAUUUUCUUGUAGGAAUCGUGGUUGCAAUGCGAAAUUCUCGAAAAACAGUCAGCCAAAAGUCAAAUCAAGCAAAAGGUGAAGUCGUAAAUGUAAACCUGGAACCGGCAGAGGCAGAGGCAGUGGCAGUGGCAGAGACAGAGAAACAACAACCAGGCCAACCACAAUCCCCGGAAAACUUGGAAGAAGAGAAAUCGAAUUCAUGCAAAGCCAAAGUCAAUUUAGACAGGUGUUUGAAAAGACACCAAGGCAAUGUUGAUAGUGAGAAGCCUGUACAUGUUUCCAUCCUAGAUGUUUUGCCUAACAUUCAACAAAUMAUUGAGCCAGUUAUGACUUCAACGCCAUCAGCGUUUGUCGUUAGAAAGUCAUCCUUUCUUGCAAGAAAAUCCAAACAAACAUUUGACAUUGAAAAAGCAGGCAAUGGCGAACCAGAAUCAAGGGAAAACGUAUUCGAAUUGCAAAGCUAUACAAAUGAUACUGAUGGCACUAACCAGAUACUCAGCCAACAUGUUAAACUUGCUUUCGAAAACUCGAAAAAACUCCGUGAAAAUUCCAAAAAGGCGUUUUCCAUUUUGAUUCUCUUGUUUUGCGUUUAUAUUGCAUUUUGCGGGCCGACGUAUAUCAUUUGGUCUUGGUUUGCUUUUUCUGAUUCCUUAGGCUCAGAACCGCCAAGAGCUUCGUUUCCCGUUUUUCGAACAAUGGCCGGAGCACAGUCCAUUGCUAAUUGUCUAUUAUAUGGAAUAAGACACCGGGAAAUAAGGAAAGAGGUCUUUAAACUGUGGAAAGAUAUCGCUCUAUGUGCGAAGGCUAAAAUUUUGAAAUUUGUUCAUAGUAUUUUUCGAUCAUGA